AUACUCCGGCCUCUGACGGGUUCUUUUGAUUUGCUCGCUGUGGAUUCUUGUAAAUGGCUUUAGGAGCAUGGCGUGGAGCCCGAGGAGGUUAUCUGUCACAGAUUAUCUGUCUCAUAUAUUACUGACAGGACAUAGUGACAGUUUAUUUUUAUACGGGUUACCUACUGUGCCUUUAAGAAAUUGCUACGCAGCCUACGGUUAAUGUUUCAUGAACAUGCAUUCAAUUCCUGUCGCCAUUUCGAAACUGAUAGUAGUUUUGUUAAAGAUGUUUUAAAAUGCAGCACCUGAAAAUACAUAAAACAUUCACUUUCAUGUUUCGUGAUGUUUACACUGGCGUACAUAGUCUACACGACUAGGACAGCACGUUGUGAUUACACCGCCGCUCCGAAGGCGGCUCUGUUUUGGCCACUGUCCACAUUGUUACCUUUCCGCAAGCUCAUGGUGCUGAAAUCUCGCUCCAUCGCUCGCAUCAAAAUGUAGACGAACGGAAUUACAAUCAAAGGAAAGGUUAUCCUGAAAAACGUAACUACAAUGGAUGAAGACUUGUUCCAGCUACGACAGCUUCCUGUGGUGAAGUUUCGCCGCACAGGUGAGAGCUCUCGCUCAGAGGACGGCCAUGCAGUCAAUGACCACGGUGUCCAGAUGGACACUUCCCAGACGGAUAUGGACCCUAUCAGCCUGGCUGAAGGCAAUUCAGUUCCAAGGGAAUUUGCUAAUCCCACUGACGAUACCUUUAUGGUGGAAGAUGCAGUUGAGGCCAUAGGCUUUGGGACUUUCCAGUUGAAGCUGUCUAUCCUCACUGGGCUAUCAUGGAUGGCUGAUGCCAUGGAGAUGAUGAUCCUCAGUAUACUGGCUCCCCAGCUUCACUGUGAGUGGAGACUGCCCAGCUGGGAGGUGGCACUGCUCACAUCGGUUGUAUUUAUUGGAAUGAUGAUCAGUUCUUCACUAUGGGGGAACAUAUCCGAUAAGUAUGGCCGGAAAACAGGCUUGAGGAUGAGUGUGUUGUGGACACUGUUUUACAGCAUUCUCAGCGCAUUCUCUCCCAUCUACGCCUGGAUCCUGGUCCUCCGUGCGCUGGUGGGCUUUGGAAUCGGAGGGGCACCGCAAUCAGUAACCUUGUAUGCAGAGUUCUUACCCAUGCGGUCCAGGGCCACCUGUAUUCUCCUGAUUGAGAUAUUCUGGGCACUUGGCACGGUGUUUGAAGUCCUGCUGGCCAUGAUGGUUAUGCCAACCCUGGGCUGGCGCUGGCUGCUUGUGCUCUCCACGAUUCCUCUCGUUCUCUUUGCUAUCCUCUGCUUCUGGCUUCCUGAAAGUGCUCGUUAUGACAUGCUGACGGGAAACCAGGAGAAAGCUCUGAGCACCCUUAAGCGCAUUGCUAAGGAGAACAAAGUACCCAUGCCCUUGGGCAAGCUGGUCGCUGCCAGACAGGAGGACAGAGGGAAAUUCCAGGACCUAUUUUCCCCACACUUUCGUUGGACUACCAUUCUACUAUGGUUCAUCUGGUUCUCGAAUGCAUUCUCUUACUAUGGGCUGGUUCUGCUGACUACUGAGCUGUUCCAGGAGGGAAAGGAGACAUGUGGAGGUUCCAGAACUAGAAAAGAGCCAGUCUGCAGCCUGGAGUGUAAAUACCUAAACGCAGAUGACUACAAAGACCUACUGUGGACUACUCUUUCUGAAUUCCCAGGUCUGCUUGUGACCAUAUGGGCAAUUGAUCGUCUUGGUAGAAGAAGGACCAUGGCGCUGUGUUUCUUCAUCUUCUCCAUGUGUAUUUUGCUGCUCUCCGCUUGCGUAGGGAGGACUUCUCUGACAGUACUGAUCUUCAUCGCUCGAGCGUUCAUAGCCGGAGGUUUCCAGGCUGCUUAUGUCUACACCCCCGAGGUGUACCCCACAGCCACCAGGGCCCUGGGUUUGGGUACUUGCAGUGGAAUGGCGAGAGUCGGCGCCCUCAUUACACCCUUUGUGGCACAGGUCAUGUUGGAGUCAUCUGUGUAUCUCACCCUGUCUGUGUACUGCUGCUGUUGCCUGACGGCAGCGUUUGCCUCCUGCAUGUUGCCCAUUGAGACCACAGGCCGCGGCCUGCAGGAGUCCAGCCGCUGCGAGUGGGGUCAGGAGAUGAUGGGACGAGACUCGGCCCACAGCCCUACUGGGGUCCUCAAUCCAAACUACAGCUCCAGAAAGAGAAUGGAUGAGGAAUAGAACAAAGCACAAGAGAGAGAGAGAGAGAGAGAGAAACAACACUUGAGCAUGUACUUGUUUCUAUGUGUAUGAUUUUUUGCUCAUUCAUUUGUUCUUGUCAAGUGUAAUAUAUUCUUGUCAACCAGUAUAAUGUGUAAUUUGAUAUUCAAGCAUCAGCAUCAGAGCGUUCGAG